UUUAUUUUCAGUUGCAUUAUUCUAACAUUAUUAUUGUGUUACCAAUUAUUAAUUUAACUUUUAUUUUUAAAAUUGUUUAAGCUUGAAAAGGCUUUCCCUCUUGAGUCGAAAAGCAUACAAAUGUUUAUCGACAAAUAACAAAAGCAUAAAAAUAAUUAUUGCACUGCCGAAAUUUAUAUUUUUUAAUUGAAAUUGUGAUUAUUUAAUUUAUUCUUAGAUUUCCGGUAAAGUGACGCACGUCACUAAACUGACGCAUAGUCCCGGCGCUUACGUCAUGAUUUUUUUUCGCGUUGCUACUUACCAACCGAAUGGAAUGAAUUUCAACGUCCACCAUAUGUCAAUUUCAAUUUCCGAUUGCAUCAGAAACUUCAUAGAUGGCGCGUUGAUAUCCGUAUCUGUUGUCAUCACGUACAUACGUGUUAUCGAAUCUUUUCUGGAAAAAUAUUGAGAACUAAUCGAUUUUUUUAUUGCAAUUAACACAUUCGCUUCCACACUUUACGAUUUUCGUGACAGAUCAUCGUCACAUAUGCGUGACAACAAUGAUUGUCUAUUUUAUAUUGCUACAAACACAGUAUAAACUGUCGACCAUUGCCGCAUGUAAAAUACUAUAUUCAAAAUAUUUGUUUAUUUACUUUAUUUGUAGAUAAUUGAAAACAUGACACUGAAUAAGAGUACUCAAAUAUAGUACGGUCUGUAGCGGAUGAAAGCAACGAAUCUAUUAUCGAAAAAAUUGAGCAUUCGCGCUGAAGUAACCGUUGGUCCUCGUUUCUAUUCAAAUUUUCGCGUCGUUCGUCCAUCUUAUUCGUUCCCCGGCGAAAAGCAGGAAGGAUCGGUUGCUCCGAACGCUCGAUUUCUAUGGGAGAAUAUUUCGUUCACGAUGGGGUGACCGUCGAUGUCCUCGCUUGACGCGCGUUGACCCACGACGCGAAUGGAGAACCAGGAGAAGCGACGAAACAACGCAGGGAUUGUUGUCGAGCGUCCAUUCGAAUGGCUAGGCGCGCUCGGGACGGGCGCGGUAUUUCCGGGGCUUUGCGCGCGACGACACGUCGAUCGGCGUAGCGAUACAUGGCGUGCGCAUCGCGAUUCGUGACGCGGUCACGAAAGGCAAAAGGAUUCGUUCGAUCGGUGAAUCGAAUUUUUCCAGUGACAUACACAGUCAAACGCGAACCCACGGAACGACGAUCCUGUCGUAUUUCGUUUGAUCGAAAUUCGUACAAAAUAUUAUCGAACAAGCGUUGCGACAAGAGCAAAGGACUAUUUGACGUCCGCACGGCGGUAGUGCGCAUGCGCAUGAUGGCCGGGGGCGGCCAUCUUGCUUUCCAAUCAACAGCAGCCAGUGGUCGCCAGUGCACGACAGCUCGGAGGCUACGAAACUCUCUCUCUCACACGGGUGCCGGUCGCCUAUCAUAACCCCGACAUACUUCGUCCUCGUUAAGUCGUGUUCAUUGUCUAUCCUUACAUCCCUGUCCUUUCUGACACCUUCCUCAAGUUCUAUCUCGAUCCUAUCCGCGUACGAGACUCGUGAUCGCGGCGUUUGAACAGUGAGGGACCGCUACACGCGCGUAUUCUGCCAGCAUGUCGACGCAAAUGCAGGGCACCCUUCUCGACGUGCUUAAGAAGAAGAUGAGGCAGACCAAGGAGGAGAUGGAGAAGUAUAAGGACGAAUGCGAGGAGUAUCAGAAGCGGCUGCAGGUGGAAGUGAUGCGCCGCGAGGAAGCUGAAUCCGAAGUUGCAGCUCUGAAUCGUCGCAUCCAGCUGCUGGAGGAAGACCUCGAGAGAUCAGAGGAACGCCUCGCGACAGCCACUGCUAAAUUAGCAGAGGCGUCGCAGGCAGCAGAUGAGAGCGAACGGAUACGCAAGGCACUCGAAAACCGUACCAAUAUGGAGGAUGACCGGGUAUCCUUGUUGGAGCAGCAGCUAGCACAGGCUAAACUGAUCGCCGAGGAGGCGGAUAAAAAAUACGAGGAGGUUGCCAGAAAACUAGUCAUGGUGGAACAGGAUCUCGAGCGCGCCGAGGAGAAGGCUGAACUGUCGGAAGGGAAGAUCGUCGAGCUGGAAGAGGAAUUACGCGUGGUUGGCAACAACUUGAAAUCCCUCGAGGUCUCCGAAGAGAAGGCGACGCAAAGAGAAGAGACUUUUGUGGGCCAGGUGAAGAUACUGGACAGCCAAUUGAAAGAGGCUGAAGCUCGCGCCGAGUUCGCAGAAAGAUCCGUGCAGAAACUCCAGAAGGAGGUCGACAGGCUCGAAGACGACCUUGCCGCCGAGAGAGAGAAAAACAAAUUGCUCCAGGAGGAGAUGGAAGCCACCCUGCAUGACAUCCAGAACAUGUAGAUCGUGUCUCGCGGCGGACAGAGACACGGCUAAAAACACACACAAAUUAUAGACACGUUCAGAGAGAAAGAGAGAAAGAGAGAGAGAGAGAGAAUCACUGAGUGAUAGAGGAACAAAAAAAAAAGAAACAAAAAACGAAACGUAAAGCUAAAAAGUCAGAUUGGAAAAAGGGAGACGGAACGAAAACAGACGCCGAGAGAGCGACGAAACGAUUGAAAACACGCUGUGCGGCGCGUGUGUGUGCGAGUGUGUGUGUAUGCGUGCGUGUGUAUGGUGCACACCACCCAUUAUCGUUCACGGACCUAAAAAAAAAACCAUUGCAGUCUCUUUUAGGCUAGACUCACAUCUCCCCCUCCCCCUACCAUUGUACACCCAUCAGCAACGCGCCGAUUGGUGCGGUUCUUACGUGUGUAUGCUAGUGUGCGUGUGUGUGUUGUUGCAUGCCUGUGUGUUUUGCGCGCGAGAAAGACUCCUCGCUCCCUUCGCCUUCGAACAUGUUUCUUUUUUUCUUUUUCUUUUGCGUUUUUCAGUUUUGUCCGAGUGGUUUCCUUCUUGAUGCGCUGCGUUCCCUCCGCGAUGGUCGGCGCAGACUAGUCCACGGACCAAAAAUUGCUAUUAAGACUUCCAGUAAACUUUCGGUAUUUAUAAGUUCCUGUAGAGCUCAUUUAUUUAACACGUUUUCCACAUCUAAAGAUAUCCUCGACAUUUGGUCGAAUUAUAGAAAUAUUCGAUAAUUUAGUGUAUCUGUUACCUGGAGAACCUAGAGAAUUAAUUUUUUCAGCUUCCUAGUGACAAAAUCACCCAUAUAGUGGGUUGAAGUAACGUUAUUUAUAAUUUUACAAACGCAUUACAAUUCUUUUAUCAUAAACAAUACUGAAACGUGUUACAAACUUAAAAUGACGGUCACCAGUGACCGCCAUGGUAAACGUGUUAAAUUUGUUUUUGGGUCUCAGCAUUUUUCGAACUUAUAAAUAUCGUGUACAAUGGAAAACUCUUGAUAAGAAAUUUUUGUUUGUGAGUUUUGUACCCAAUAACCACUAUGAGAUUCCGGUAGCGUGAGGGGGGCAAGGGUUCUUUCUUUGACCUUGGAGCGAUUAGGCAACAUCCAGCCUGCGUGAAAGAGCUCUUGUUCUCGAUACCGAUUCUCAACAAUAAAACUCUUGAGUGGACGAACGUGGAAUACGAUACGAACCACGGAAAUUGUAGACGUAACGGGAACGCAGAGGGGAGGGAAUAGUAUGGUACGAUAGUUGUGCGAAACAGACGCAGAGGCGAUCGAUCGAAGCGUGCACGUCGGGAAAGAAUUUCCAAUGCGACUCUGUCAAGUAUUUUCAGACCCGGGUGCGUUUCGCCCACGCGUGUCGUCUCGAUUACGCGGAGACAUCGACCCUCGGACACCUUGCUAUUGCGCUAUUUACCGUCUGAUCUAUUUUUAUUUUACGUCCAGUCCUCGUUAAAAAUUAUGCUCCAUCGGUCGAAGCUGAAGAAAUCACAAAUUCGAAUCGUGAGUCUAUUUUUUACAAUGACGCAGCAUUUAAUCAACCCUCUAUUGUAUUAUACCCCUUAAGGAGGAAAUUAAUUGGAACCUGCAAGUACUCUCAAAUCUCGCAAAACUUUACAAGAGAUUGGUUUCAAUAGAAUUUUAACCCACCUCAAGGAAAAAGAUUGUUGUUCAUAUUCAAAGUAAAAAAUAAGAUUUUCAAGCCUUAUUAGAUGUUCCUAACCCCUUGAGAAAGAAAUUAAUUGGAACUUACAAGUAUUCUCAAAUCUCGCAAAACUUUACAAGAAAUUGGUUUCAAUAGAAUUUUAACCCACCUCAAGAAAAAGAAUUGUUGUUCAUAGGGAUUGUUUUCGUUGUACAAUAGAGGGUUGAAACAUUUUCUGCUGCUUUUACCUCGUUUGCCUCCAAAGUAGUCAACUUAGCAAAGCUACCAUUCGUCCAUCGAACUCUUCCAGAAUAAUUUUAGAGAUUCCGACUAAUUUUGCGGAAGGUACCCUUGCGGAUGAAUAUUUGGCCGAUUCGAGCUGUCUAGCAAGUUUUUUUUCGACGUGGGGCCGUGUCGCGGGUUCUUCGGUUAAGAAAAGAGAAGCACGGAGCGUUAGUUUUGCUUCUCGACGCCUACAUUCCUCGUUCCUUGGCGGCUCAGCGCCCGCGAGAAGAAGUUUCUUCCAUGCUCAUUCCCUUAUUCGUGAUAAUCAAGAAUUGUGAUUCUUUAAAUACGCCCACUGCCAGCACUCCUACCGAGGUGAAAAAUUCGUCGCGGUUUAGUAUCCAAGAUUAAACUGAUUCGCGACGAUUCCAUAAUUUUCGUAGUCGAAGUUAGAUAGUUUAGUAGAGCUCAGCUUGCGACCUAAAAUUGAAGUUUGGAGAACCCGGGACAUCGUAUAAUGAACUUGUGUAUAUUUGUAUUCCAAUUACACGGGCCUUAGAAGACACGGUGUAAUCGAAAGAGAUACAGUUUCUGGUUCCUCUCGAAAAACAGAUCAAACAUGUAGGAUACAAUUUUUCCGUACGGGGAUCCAUUUUUGGGAAAAUCGAUUUCGAAAAUCUUUACAUCUACGAACUCGAUUUUCUAUGGAACUCAUGUUAGAGAAUUUCCUUCUACGUUUUUCAAGAGGAAGCGGGUUUAUUUCGAACCGUGUCUUUUAUGCUACCUUGUAUUUAACAAAGAAAGAUUCCUCUUGAAAAAGUAAAUACAAAGCGUAGAGUAACAAUUUUCCGUAGGAGUUUCCUUUCUCGAGAAAAAUUAACUUCGAAGAUACGUGGCGCAGGUGAACGAUACCUCGUAAUUUCGAACUCGAUUUUCUGGAGAACAAUAGCACCUAUGAAAAAACUUCUUCCUACAUUUUCGAUGUACAUUUUCAAAUGGAAUCAAAUUCUUUAGGGUUGAAACACAAUUUUUUUUACGAUAUCGUUUUCUAUCCAGUAAAAAAGGAAUCGUUAUCGAAGAAUCGCAACGGUUUCGCUGAGAUUAGAUCCGCGGUACAAUGAAAAGCGAUACUGUUUUGAAUUCCUCUCGGAAAAACAAACCGAAAAUAUGCAAUAAAAUUUUUUCGUACGAGCUUUCGGUUUCGAGAAAAUCGGCUUUGAAGAUCCAACCUAUUGAAAGCGCGCGCAGGGUCGCGUGCCCCGCGAACUUUUAAAUUCGAUUUUCUCGAGAACGAGGGCUCUGAGGAGAAAACUUGUUCCUACAUUUACGAUGUAGUUUUUCAAAAGAAUUCAAAGCAUUCGGGCUGAAAACACGGUUUUUUUACGAGAUCACCUUGCAAUCAGCAAAAUAUCGGAUCGUUCGACCAAACGAUCGAAGAAUCGCGAAGAUCGCGAUGAGAUACGUAUCGCGAUGGAUCGAAAACCCGUAAUCACGAAGCAUUCCACGACGCGACGGUGAAUCUGUAUUCGACGAACACAGUAAUCGUUAGAACGAGCUGAGCCACUCGACAGUUACCGAUCGUGCCUGUAUAUAUUUAUUAUAGAAGUAAUAUGAUCACGGCCAAUCGAACCUCGACGCUGAAAGCGCGUUUCCACGUGGACGCGCGAAAGAAAGAGAAAAAGAAACGACACGAGGGUUUAAGAAAAGAAAAUAAUAGAAAGAAAAGGAUGAACUUCCACUUCGCGACGCAUUACUUCACCUUGCAUUAUUCAUUGCUGCUACUGUUUAAUUUAGUAUCGUUCUUAUCGGUGACGAUUUCGCGCGGAAACAUUUUUCUCCUCUUCGUCGUUGCGAGAAAUAGUGCACCACUGCCCCUCGAACCGUUUCGACGCGUUUUCGAUCCCUUCGAUGAUCCGCGUGACGAUUUUCCCGCAGUGGAAGGUCUCCUCGGGUGCCUUUUCGAGACGUAUCCGUAAAGCUCUGCUACACAGUUUGUCGAUAAAAUUCGUUUAUAAGGUUUCAAGCAUAAUAUCGUGCAAUAUUCACCGAACUCGAUAGACACUUUUCGUCGUGCGUCGUCUAUUUUGUUCGAGAGGAGUUGAUUUAUUUAAGAGACGCCGAAAUUUUCCAAUCACGAGAUCUCAAAAAGUCACCCGAAGAGAAAGCAAGAAGAACAUUCCGAUCGUUACGCAAAGAAUACAAAAAGAAGCAAGCACAAUAACGAUUUCGUACGCGUCCUGCCGUUAACGAUGAUAAUUUUUGUUAUGCCCCAGAAAACGAAUGCCGACAGAGAGUGAGAAAAAGGCGAAAAAGAAAAAAAAACGCAGAUACUUGAGUUCACGAGAGUUUUAGUUUAUUAAAUUACUUAAUAUUAAUAAAACGAAUGGAACGAUAAUAACACUAAUAUCAUUGUAAUGAUAAUGAUUAUUAUAUAUAUUGCUAUUAUUAUAAAACUGUUUAUAAUAUAUAUUUUAAUUUUGAAAAAACAGUGUGUCGUUUGUUGUUGUUCUUCUUUUUUGUAUUGUUGUUUUUGUGUUGUCUACAUUUUAUUGUUUUACUGGAAUUUUGGUACCGUUUGACGCGUUUAACAAACUGAUCCAUCGCGGCCACGCGAAUAACACACGCUGCCCGUUGUGUGUAGACUCGUGUGUAGUUGUUGCAUGCCAAACACACAACAGAAGAACUGCCUGCGGUACGUAUCGAAGAAACAACGGUGAGUAGACCAGCUUGUUCUUUAUUUGCUAUUUUUAUAGGAGUGAACCCGUCCAGUGUGUCCCGUUACCUAACAUGACCCUUACCUUUUCCGGCAUUUUCUUUUCCGAUCCACGUAUUUUUCCGUUUACCCCGUAACAACCAGAUGUCUACGUUAUUUGUCAAAGUGAAAAGGUCUUAAUUUCUUAAUAAAAAGGAACAACAUAUCGGGGGAAUGCUAAAACUGAUAUUUAGAAAUUCUUCUUAGGAAUAUAAAAUGUCUGAUAUAAAUUUUUAGCGAACAAAAAAUGCAAUAGCUUGUAGUCGAAUAACAAACGUUCUCUAAAAUGUUCAAUCUUGCACAGGUAAAUUUAUACAAUCCUCUAAAUGUUUCGAUUCGAUAUAAAUAAAUUAGUCUUCGUUUAUAUUAUGAAUAGAAAUGUAUCAAAGAAAAUUUUAGGAGAAAAUUACACAGAUGAAAGUAUUAAUUAGGAGUUAAAAAAAGGAUCAAACGGAAGAAAAAAAUUUCCUUAUUUAGUCUAGCUUAGUAUGAGGUAAUAAAUUUAUUUAAACGUCUUUUGAGCGCCUCUAGGUUUCGUAGACAGCGGGUCUAGAGCUACGUUUCCACGCGUAAAAAUUUUAAAUAAAUAAUUACGAUUGUGGGAACGUGGUAUUACAAGGAAGAUUGAUAGACUAAGAAUUAGAUUUCUACUUUGUGCUCCUCUCAUUAAUUGUAAAUAUUACUAAAUUGCCAAUUAGAGAAGUUCAAGUGCCUCGGACGCUCUAAAUUGGCACGGAAGGAAUAAAUAACAGCCUAAGAAUUAUUCUUACGUUUUAUGUGCUUCUCUCUCGUAUAUAUAAAUAUUCUUGAAUCACUUUUCUUGCACGCUGAAAAUUGCGUGGAGGAAUUCCUACUUUCUAGUACUUCAGGAAGUACUAUCGAAUUGUCAAUUAGUGAGAUUUAAAUGCUUUUAUGUAACGUAACUUGCAAUGAAGGAAUAGCUAAUAGAUAAUAGUGCCUAGCUAGUGAUUUAUUUCAUAUUACAUUUGCAUCGUGAAUUACAGAACACCCAUACACUUUAUCGAAAGAAACAUCAAUUUCAUUGGUCAUGAACGAAAGAAAGAAAAACAUAUAAAACUAUUCCAAGUCCCCGCUUCCUAUCCGCAAAGCAACGCUUCGAUAAAUAUAAAUUAACAGCUUUAACGCUAGAGUCUAGACUAUUUUCCUUGAACACGCGACAGAGUAGCCGACGACCGACCAGGAGGAUGACGCUUCAAAUAACCGUGCGAAUGCUUGCAGAUGAAAUGGUGGUUGAGAAGGAGAAAUACAAGGAGAUCGGAGACGGCUUGGACCAGGCGUUCAUGGAGCUCUACGGCGUCUAACGAGCCACUAACCAACCCUUCUAACGCUUCGACCAAAACAAAAACAAAUAAAUAUACAGACACCUUUCUCACAAUCUCGCUUGCUCUUAACAAACGUAAUCCGUAAGUCAUUUGCGAGCAUUUUAACCCACUUACUCGCCGCUAACGACCGAAGCUUAUUAUCCAGCGAGGUGCACUGAUAAACCACGUAUCGGACGAGAUAACUUCUUGCCUUGAAUGCAUGGUGCGCCAUUCGAGGUAAUUAGGGAGAUCAGAUUUGCGUGAAAGAAAUUUUUUUAUUCGAGAGAAACAUUGUAAAUUCAGGAUGGUAUUGCUUUUGUCGUGUGUGAAACUAUGUACAGUGUCAAUCAGCUUAGUUUAAAUAUUUUUUGUAUGCUUAUAAGAAAAUAGGGAAUUUUGAAAAGAAACAAUGCAAGAAGUGGCAUUUUAUUAAAGAAUAAAUAUGUGUUUUCUGAGAAGUGUUAAAAUUUGACAUUCCCCCCUUUUUUCUCGGAACCAUGUAAUAUAUUUUAAGCUGCUUUUUGAAGUAUUUAAAACGUUAAUAUCUUAGCAAAUUUUAGUUGUUUUCUAUUAAAUUUUUACAGAUUCUCAUUAAACUCUAGUACAUGAUUUUUUUAUAUGUAAUUUCAUAUAUGAUCUCCUAAUUAUUUUGAUCGGUGUAUCCCGACAGGGAACAUAAUAAUUUUAUUUUAACAUUGUAAUACUAAAUCACUCAUAUUUAGUAUUUUAUCGACUCACAACAAAGGCAAGGAGUCAAGAAUCGUCGUUUUCAUCACCAACAUAUCGCUCAUCGCACGGUCAUUUUCACGACGAUAAUACAUUUGAUUUUCGUGUUACAAUAAAACCUCGAUCAUCCAGAUUAGUGAAACAAAGAUACCUCCAAACAGGCAAAAAAUACGUUCAAACGGAAAAUUUAUCAAGAUUUUAGCAACACCAAUACUCAAAAUUAGAGUUGAGACAAUUUGAGUAAUUUCACAUUUAAAAUUUUUAAGUAAAGGCAGUGUCAAAUCAUUAAAUUCAAAGAUAAACCUACCGUGGCAAAACUAGCUUAAUGUUUUUUUUAAUUUUAUGGGGAUACUACUUUAGUUCACAUAACAAAUUUGAGUAACCGUAGGGUCUGUAUAGAAAUUUAUAUAUCAUUAAGUUAUAAAAUAUUAUAACUGUAAUUUACAGAUCCUGCAGUGUAACUUGAUAUGUGACCAGAAAUUUCAUUUCAGCUCCGAUACAAUGAUUUUUUUUGUACUUUUAAAUGUAAUCAAAAUUCGAAACCAAUAUAAAGAGUUGAAUAAAAAUAAAGCUGAAAAAGAAAUCGUCACUUAAAUAAGAAAGUCCACCCAAUCGAUUAGGUCCAGAUAAUGGAGAUUUUAUUGUAUAUAAAAUACAGAACUCUCGAUGAAGGAAUAUUUUAAUUUCUAGGCUACAUAUUAUUUUACGUUUAAGAGUGAGAUAUCAGGGCAGGGUUACGAGUGUUUAUUGUUUCGAACGUCUAACGCAAUCACCUUUCGUUUCAGACGAGCUUGUACACGAGAAAGAAAAG